GAUGGAGUAAAUAUUUCCAAAGAAGCUCGGAGCGCAAUAUCUCGAGCAGCAAGCGUGUUUGUGCUUUAUGCAACUUCAUGCGCAAAUAACUUUGCCAUGAAGGGGAAGAGGAAAACGCUGAACGCUGGCGAUGUUCUCUCUGCCAUGGAGGAAAUGGAGUUUCAGCGAUUUGUAGCCCCUUUGAAAGAAUCACUGGAAGUUUACAGGCGUGAACAGAAAGGAAAGAAAGAAGCAAGGAAAGAUAAAGACAAGAAGACAGACUCAGAGGAGCAAGAUAAGAGCCGAGAGGAAGAGAAUGAUGAUGAUGACGAAAGGAUGGAGGAAGAAGAGCAAAAUGACGAGGAAGAGGUGGACAACUGAGGUUGCUGAUGAGAUUUGUGCAGGGGUUGGGUUUUGUUCAGAGGGAUAUAAACGCUGUAAAUCAACCUUGCUGUGUCCCCUCUUGUUUCCAGUAGAGCUUUGUGCUCUUCCUCUGGGGCCUGUCCGUCCCUUUUUGGCUUUGACUUGUACACAAAGGACUUUCUGCUAAAGGUUUUCUCGUGG